CCCUUACUUUCUCUCCUCUCAAACACCAACCAAGAAAAUUCAAUUCCUAUCAUCUUCCUCGUCAAAAUGGCUUGUACAACCUCACCUCUGAAAACCGCCGCUUACUUUGCAAGACUAUCAAACAAAACUUCACCUACCAUCACCAAAUCAUUACGCUUGCCUUCCAUGCCUGCGAACCCAUCUCUCUCUUUUUCGUCAAAAACUUCCAUUUUUAACAACAGAAUCAAUAAUACCUUCUCUGUACCUAAGAGAUCUUUCUCCUGCAAAAGCCAAGCAUCUGAUGAUUCCACACCCAGUAAGUUUCAAGAACUGCAUGUUUAUGAGAUCAAUGAGAGAGAUCGGGGAAGUCCCGCCUAUCUUCGAUUGAGCCAGAAAGAAGUUAAUUCUCUUGGAGAUCUUGUGCCUUUUAGCAACAAACUUUACACCGGGGACCUGCAAAAGCGGAUAGGAAUAACAGCAGGAAUAUGCAUUUUGAUCGAACACAAAGCGGAAAAGAAAGGUGACCGGUAUGAAGCAAUAUACAGCUUUUAUUUCGGGGAUUAUGGUCAUAUAGCGGUGCAAGGGGCAUAUUUGACUUAUGAGGACUCGUAUCUUGCUGUGACUGGUGGGACGGGAAUAUUCGAAGGGGUGUCGGGUCAAGUUAAGCUCCGGCAGCUUAUUUUCCCUUUCAAGCUAUUUUAUACCUUUUAUUUAAAGGGGAUUAAGGAUUUGCCCGAGGAAUUGGUUGGGAAGCCGGUUGAACCACACCCAGCUGUUGAGCCCCACCCUGAUGCUAAGGCUUGCCAACCACAUGCUGCUCUUGUUAAUUUUACUGAUUAAUUAUUAAUAAUUUCUGCUAAUUGUGGUUAAUUAUUAUCAGUUGUAGUAAUCCGUGAGGGGGAUUUAAACGAUUAAAUAUACUUGCGUUUUGGUGCUUUUGUCUU